GCACCAAUUGUAAGUAGUCAAAGGCAGUAGAGGAAACGCAGCGCUGUAUUGUUGUUAUGCUCUUAUUGCACUGUUACUCUGUCAUAUAGACAUUUAAUGUAAAAAGAGUAAAAUAUUUUAAUAGUAUUUGUGAUAAUAUCAACAUAUAGGGUGAAAAGCUUUUUAUUCAUUUGACUGAAUUGAAUUUUUAACCUUGACUCCAAAAAUCAAUCAAAGAUGCUGUCCGAAUCGAUGCGUCGUAAGUUAUUUUAUAAUACAGUAAUGUCGCAAUGCUUCUCAUCGGAUGGUAGUUGCUUGGUAGCCGGAAGUCUUUACGGAUAUGUUGCAGUUUUCGAAAUAUCGAAAAUAUUAAGACCGCUGAGAACUGAAUAUGAAUCACGACGCCCCAGUUAUCACAUUGAAGCUCAUCCAGACUCUCACGUGGAUAGUAUGGUAUCUACAGAGAAUUUUUUAGUAACAGGAUCAAUAGGAGAAAUAUGUGGAUGGGAUUGGAAGUCAGUUACCUCGAGCAAAGCUGAAAAAACUAAAGCUUCAUGGACUAUAAAAAUACCAUCAGAAAAUGACAGCUAUGACGGAGCAGUUGUAUUUUCCCUUGCAUACUGCAGUGCAAAUAAUCUUUUGUAUGCUGGUUGUAAUGAUAGUAAGAUUUAUGUAUUUAGCCUAGAAGAUGGUAAAUUAGUAACCACUUUGGAAGGACAUACCAGGUUCAUUCAUGGUUUAUCGCUGUUGGAUUCCGGGACUCAAUUAGCUUCGUGCAGUGAAGAUGGAACAGUAAGACUAUGGGAUCUAAGGAAGAAAGAAAACACCAAUGUAUUAACCCCUAAUUUGGUAGACAAUAUUCAUAGAUCAAGAUUAGGAGAAUGGAUAGGUGCGGUGGAUUUUACUGAGGAUUGGCUGUUAUGCGGCGGUGGACCAAAGUUAUCAUUGUGGCAUAUGCGUACAAUGCAACCAGCUACUGUAUUUGAUCUUCCGGAUGAAGGUAUUUACGUGGCAAAGAUUUACGAAGAACGUAUUAUAGCCGCAGGACUUGCGUCCCACGUUUAUAAUCUCACUUAUCAAGGAGAGAUGUUAUCUAGUAUACCAACGUCCAGCGACACUACAUACACUGUUGUUUAUCAAGAAACUCCACAAAGACUGUUCAGCAUAGGUGGUGCCUCUAAUUUCCUGGACAUUUGUACGAAUUGUAAUUACCGUGAAUUAUCGGUGCAAUUUGCUCCGUAAAAUAAUGAUAAAUAAUAACUAGUAACAAUCAUAUGUAUUUUCAUAUAUUUACGUAUUGACGUAUCUUUU